CACAUGUUAACAGCCAGUUGUGACAUACCAGCUUGGAUUAGCAGCCCCUGUUGCCAUGACGCUCUCAACACCCUAAAAUAGGAGGUAGAGAGGGACACUCUAGACAGCAACAACUAGCAGCUGCAUUAUACAUACAAGCACCAGAAGACAUAAACAGAGGAGCAAAGCCUGACAGGCGCAGUCGGAGUGAAAACCCAGAGACGCAUCACAGAUACGACAAAGACACACACAUCAGACCUGAGGACAGUCUUGACACUGUCAAGAGGUUUCAGCAACACAUAAAGGUGUUCUGUGAGACCCGACAUCGAGUGGCCGACAUAUGAAAAUAGUGGCGCCAAAGCUAAGAGCUAGGGAGUCUAGAAGAGACAGAAGCAGACACAUGAAAGCUGAAAUACUUGAUUCAACAGGCAGAGACUGAGACAGCCAAACAUGGCACAAAUCACUACAGAAGAGCCACGGCUUUUCCCAAGAGUGUCAAUGACUGAGGUGGAUGAGAAGGUACGGCUGCUAGCAGAAAAGGUUUACGCCUGCGCCCUAAAGGAGGAAGACAACAAGGAUGCUCUGGCACUGUUCACCGUGCCAGAGGACUGUCCUAUCGGUCUGCAUGAGGACAGGGAGCGAGCGCUGAAAAAGGAGCUGGCUGAGCAGCAGUCUCAGGAGACUGCUAAACGGAAGAAGAAUUUCAUGUUGAAGCGUUCGCAGUCGGUGUCUUUGCAGAUGCCCCCCAGUGGUGACUGGGGCCAGUCCCCGCUGUCCCCACUGUUCUCCCCAAGCACACCUGAGCCUCCACUUCCCGAGUGUGACUUCCAGAGAGUUACCAUCAGUGGAGACUACUGUGCAGGGAUUACACUUGAGGAUUAUGAGCUGGCAGCUCAGAGUCUCCUGAAAGCUCUAUUCAUCAGAGAGAAGUACUCCAAACUGGCCUACCAUCGUUUCCCCAGGACCAUUGCCCGGUUCCUCCGCAAUGCCGAAGAUGAGAAGUGGCAAGAGGAGGAUGAGGUCUUGCCAGACAUCUGGCCUUUCCCUCAUGAAGGGGAGGACCCGUACUCCAUGGAGGGUAUUCCUGAGAACUUGAACUACGAGUUGCAGAUGAAAGAUGGCAUAGUCCAUGUUUACGACGAUGCAGAGGCCCUGAAACAAGAGAAGCCCCGCAGCCUCCCUUACCCAGACCUAGAGACCUUUGCCAUAGACCUGAGCCAUGUCCUCGCCAUGAUAGCUGAUGGCCCAACGAAAACCUACUGUCACAGGCGGUUGAACUUCUUGGCCUCUAAAUUCUACCUUCAUGAAAUGCUGAAUGAAAUGGCAGAGCUAAAGGAGCUGAAGAGUGUUCCACACAGAGACUUCUACAAUGUCAGAAAGGUGGACACACAUAUACAUGCUGCUGCUUGCAUGAACCAGAAGCAUCUGCUGAAAUUUAUCAAGACCACAUACCAGACAGAGGAAGAACGUGUGGUGCUGGAGAAGGGCUGCCAGAAGAUUACACUCAAGCAAGUCUUCAACAACCUCAGCAUGGACCCUUACGACCUCACAGUGGACUCGCUGGACGUGCAUGCUGGAAGACAAACAUUUCAUCGGUUUGACAAGUUCAACUCCAAAUACAACCCUGUGGGAGCCAGCGAGCUGCGGGAGAUUUACUUGAAAUCAGACAACCACAUCCAAGGAGAGUACUUCGCACGUAUCAUCAAGGAAGUGGCUAAGGAUCUGGAGGAGAGUAAGUACCAACAUGCUGAGCCCCGUCUGUCGAUUUACGGCCGCUGUACCAGCGAGUGGGAGAGCCUAGCAACCUGGUUCAUCCUGCAUAAGGUCCACUCACCCAACAUGAGAUGGAUGAUCCAAGUUCCCAGAAUCUAUGACAUUUUCAGGUCAAAGAAACUAGUACCAAACUUUGCCAAGAUGCUGGAGAACAUUUUCCUCCCUCUCUUUGAGGCUACAGUCAAUCCACAAAAGCACAAAGCGAUACAUGUAUUCUUAAAAUACGUGACAGGAUUUGACAGCGUGGAUGACGAAUCCAAACACAGCAACCACAUGUUCUCUUACAAAAGCCCCAAGCCGGAGGCGUGGACCACAGAUGAUAAUCCUCCCUACACCUACUACCUGUUCUACAUGUACGCCAACAUCAUGGUGCUCAACAACCUACGCAAGGAGCGAGGACUGAACACUUUCCAGUUUCGUCCCCACUGUGGCGAAGCCGGCUCCAUCACCCACCUGGUCUCUGCCUUCCUAACAGCAGACAACAUCUCCCAUGGCCUCAACCUCAAGAAGAGUCCAGUGUUGCAGUACCUGUACUACCUGGCCCAGGUCCCUAUCGCCAUGUCCCCACUGAGCAACAACAGUCUGUUCCUGCAGUACUCCAAGAACCCCCUACGAGAGUUUCUUCAGAAAGGACUGUGUGUGUCACUGUCCACUGACGACCCCAUGCAGUUCCACUACACUAAGGAAGCUUUGAUGGAGGAGUACGCCAUCGCAGCCCAGCUGUGGAAGCUGAGCACCUGUGAUCUGUGUGAGAUAGCCAGGAACAGUGUGCUGCAGAGCGGCCUCUCACAUCAGGAGAAAAAACACUUCAUUGGCUCCAACUACCUGCAGGAUGGACCUGAGGGCAACGACAUUCGGCGGACAAACGUGGCACAAAUCCGCAUGGCCUACCGCUACGAGACGUUGUGCAAUGAGCUCAGUUUUCUAGUGGAUGCAGUUAAAACUGAAGUUGACUCUUCCCUAGCUGAGUGAUUCACCACACUAGGAAGAACUGUGCAUGUCCUUAGGAGAAAAGUGGCAUAGGUUAAAUGGCACAUGUUAUUUUGUUUUUUGUUUUGUUUUUUACAUGUUCUUGGCCCACAUCUGAAAAAGUGGGUUGCUACCAUUUUAUUUAAACCUUGGUGCACAUUAGCAUAGGAUCCUUUACUUGAUUUUUAAACUUUUUAUGCUAUAUUGAUUACCUUUGCUAAUCACUGUGUGCCUCAUUUUAUUGGGACAGAGGUAAGAGGUUUUCCAUUGAAGGAUGUGACAUGUACUUGGGGAUUCAGACACAAUUAUGAGAGGACAUUAGCCAUAAAUCCUGAUUUAGAAUGGACACAUUCAGGAGCAGAAUGGAAAAAUGUGUGCACUGAAAAUGUGUUUCUUAUCAUUAUAAAAUUAGCACUGCUUGGUAUUUUUUAAUGUCACUUGCAUGUUUCAAAUUACUUUGUACUGAAUUAGUCAACUGAAUGAGAGGGCAGGCAAACAUUCACAGAGACAGGUGCAAGCAAGUGUGACUCAGCCUCCAAACUAGUUUUGUGAGAUCUGAAACCAGUUUUAAAACCUCUAGUGGUAACUCCCAACUGUGACUAACUGAUUACAAUGACUGUCUUUUUUAUGUUUGUUAUUUCUUCAUAGUUUUUCAUAUGUAAAUAAAGAUUACAGACCAGACAAACAAGUUUUUGCAAAACGUUUUCUUCCUGUAUUACAGACUGUAAAGCCAGUUUCAGCAAAUUUUCUAUUUGUGCUAUUGUGUCAUAUGAAUGAAAUCGACAGUUCAAUAAGG